UAUUGGAUAUUUGCUAAGCUCUUCAGAGAUAACGAGAAAGAUACUACUCUGAUACAGAUUUGUGAUAAGCUCUGAUAAACACUAGGGGAAGUUUUAUUGCCCUCCGUUUUAAAUUAAAAGGUUAACGGAGCCUCAACAGAUCGGUUGACCACCAUGCGGGUGCGACUACUUGUUAUUUGGAUUACCUUAACGGCUCUACUUCAAUGGAGCAGGGCUCAGGAGGAUAAUAUACAGGAGGUUAGCUUGAGUGGAGGCGUUGAGAGUACAGAUCCUGAUGAACAGAAGUCGCCGGGAAUUAAGGAUAACAUGAAUAUAUCUCCUACAACAGAUAUGCCUGAAGUAAAACCCCUCAUAGAUUCAGCUACUGAGCCUCAAGUAGAGCAACAGGAUCAUCAUCAAUCUGGGGAGGAUAAGAUGGAGCCUGCUGACCUUGGCUUGGGCACUCAGGAUAUGCCCUCUGAUGGCAGUCAGAUUUCUGUGAUGUCAGCAGAGGAAACAACGACAGGCAGUAUACCACCAAUAGAAGUCCAAGACCAGGAAAAACCCACCAACCAAGGUCCUUCCUCCGCUGAAGCAGACAUACUCAAAAAACCGCCAACUUCUCCCGUAAAAAGCACAGCUACAGAGUCCCCCGAUUACCAGGAAGAUGCUCCCUACGAGAACAAUAGUCUCCAGGUGGAAACCACGCCCCCAGCUCCAACGCCUGCACCCACUACUGCUCCAACUGCUGCUACAACUGCUACACCUACUCCUCCUCCUCCUGCAGUCCUUCGCCCGCAGAGCUGCUACUCCUGCCUUGACUGCAAUGCCACGGUAACGGAUGACCAGAAAACCACCUGCAAGACAGUUCCUGGAGAUCGCAAUGGAUGCUAUACGAUGCUCGUUAAGGACAAGAAUCUUGUGCCGGACAAAAAGAAUUACGUGGAGCGUGGAUGUUCAUCUGAACUUAGCCCACCCUUCCUUCUCUACUGCAAGGCCAACAAGGAUCUGUGCAAAAAGUGCGAUGGCAACUACUGCAAUGUCUAUGACAUGACCUCCCUACAGGAGACGACCGCAGGUGGCACCUCACCUCGUCUGCUGGACUCCCUCCUUAUCGGAGGCAUCUGCUUGGUCAACUGUUGGCGGCGACAGCAUAUUGCAGCUCAGAACUGGGGAAAUAAUUUUCAAAUUACUAACGAAUCAGAAUACGAACCCUUCCACAGAUGCCUUGGCUGUGAUCCAUGCAAGGAUUAUGAGGAUGGCAAAGAUGAAAAUGGCAAAGGAACUAGAGUGUGCUCCACAGACGAGGAUCAACUUGAUGGUUGUGUAUCCAUGUUUAUGUCCGUCUUGAUAAGGAAGUGUGUCUCCGAUAUGAAUAUGGAAGAUAUAUCCCAUUGUAAGAAGAAUGAAGAUCUAUGCGUCAGUUGCUAUUCCCCCAAUUGCAAUAUUCACAAUUUCACAGCCUAUGUGGAUUUGACAGGGGGAUCUUCGGCUUUCAGGACCUCAUUUUUGCUUUUUAGCAUUUGCUUGAUCGUUUGGCUGGUGAUUAGUGAGUAA